CUUUUUGCAAAAAGGUGGAAAAUUAUUACCCAGAAGCCUUUGGCAUGAACUUGUAACUUAGUCAUAGUCGACCGAAGGUCACUUUGUUGGUGCGCAUGUGUCGGCCAAUUACGUAUACGUGGAAAGGAAAUUACAGCUGGUUGACCGAGAUUUUUAUAGGUUGGAGACGGAAAACAAGACCUGACCGAGUCUCCGCUAUCGCGUGUCCACAGAGCGGCAGCCGCACUUGUGUGUCGUAUUUGGAGCUGCUCUCUCACUCACCUUGCGGUCAUAUUCGCUGAGAACGUCACGUCGGCGUCCCUUGGGACUUUCCAACAUCCAGUUCCGCAUUCUAGUUUCCAUACCUGGAGCACUUUUGCUGACUCCUUUUGUGUGAAAGCAAGACCAUUCUCUCCAAUCGUCAUUUCUCCUUGACACCAAGAAGUGAACAACUCGCACCUGAGUUAAAUGGCAUACGCAGCGGAGAUUCUGGAAGAAGGCCUGUGGUGUGAGAUCUGUCAUGAAACUUUCCGGCGCCCAAAAUCACUACCCUGCGGCCAUACGUUCUGCGAGGAGUGUCUUACAGAGUUGGCAGGAAGCUUAAGAGACCUUUGCUGCCCUCUCUGCCGCCGUGAUGUGUCGUUGCCCGUUGACGGUGUUGCAGGCCUGCCGACUGACUACCGACUCGCAAAGAUGAGUGAGAAAUUCUCAGAAGUAACAGCUGACCAGGGACAAUGUGUCACACAGCGCUGUGACUACCACCCUUACGAGCAUCUUAAGUACUUCUGUAAGACUAAGGCUUGUGGCGUCCCUAUAUGUGGGCAGUGUAUUGAAGAUUCUCACGGCGGGCAUAGCAUUGUUGUAGUGAAGCAGGCAGUUGAGAAGCGGAUGAAGAAGGUCAAUUCAUUGCUGAAGGAGACGAAGGGACAAAUAGACAAACAUCGCGAGCGCCUGCUGGAAAUACAACAACUUAAGGACAAGAUCAAAGACGCCAAGCGUCAGAGCAAGGAGACCAUUCUGGAAUCGUAUGCAGAAAGGGUGAGGCUACUCGUCGAAGACAAGGACAAGCUUCUUAGCGACGUUAAGCAAAGUUAUCAAGACGUCUUGAAGGACUUAAACGCGGAGAAAACCGCAGUGCAACAACAGAUGACAAGACUGGAAGAAGUCGUCAAAGAUGUCGAGCAGACCAAAACAAAAGAUGCGGUCAAGUUUCUCCGUCGUGAUCUUGAGCCAAACGGACUUCGAGAUAAACUGAAAGAAACCAAAGUAGACCUGCCCUUUCCUCCUUUGGAAUACAGGGCCACCCUCAGCUUUAGUCCACAAAAGAUCAAGAAGGAGCAACUGGUUAACGGAGAGUUGGUGCCAGAGGUCUUCACCAGUGGUAGGCAGACUUUAGCUACGCGUCUUUCUGACACCGUCCGACAAAGAUUUCGCGGAGUUAGGGACACAUGGGACAGGGCCCCCUGGCGUUCCAUUUCCGUUCCCAACUUGAGGCCAUGACGCAAUUAAUUUUGACUCAGCCAUUAAGAAACAUGGUCAUCUGAAGAUUUCAAGGUGACACCCUAACGUAAGUAAAAAUCAUGGAGGAACAAUGCGUUACAAAUACCGAGGAUUCUGCCUUUGUAAAAGGUACUGGCAAGUUUAUUUAAUUCUUCUCAGACAACCAUAUGUAAAGGUCCCUGUCUCGUAUGAAAGGUUAUAGCUUAUAAUGAAUGAAGUUGAACUGUAAGUUCUAACACAAGGAUUUGGACUGACCAGUCCAGUCUUUGUCACGAUGUCAAGGACUGGACAAUU